AUGGAACUUGGGCGGAUUGACGUUCGGUUUGGCAUGAUAGAGUUUGGGUGGUUUGUUGUUCGAUUUGAAGAGUCUGAAGAAUCACCAUCGUCACAAGAUCAAUUUGAAUUGAUGGGAACAGCUGGAUAUAGAGAAGAAGCAUUGUUAUUAGAAGAGUUGUUGUUAGGAGAGUUGUUGUUAGGAGAGUUGUUAUUGGGAGAGUUGUUGUUGAGAGAAUCAUUGUUGGAAGAGUUGUUGGGAGAGUCAUUGUUAGGAGAAUUGUUGUUGGGAGAGUCGUUGUUGGGAGAGUUGUUGUUAGAGGAGUUGGGAAAGUUGUUAUUGGAAGCGGGAGAGUCAUUAUUUUGA